GCGGGAAGGUCUGGGGACUCAGCCCGCGCGUGUGGGCCUUGGGGGAGAAUCCAGCCGCGUCCCCGGUCCCCAGAGCUGGGACUCCGGAGCCCCUAAGUUUGAGCGGCCCGGUGGGCGGCGGGGCAAGAGGCGGCGGACGCUGGCCGCCUGAGCCGGCGCGGCCCGGCCCUUCCGGGGCUGCGCGGCUCCCCCGCCUCGGUGCCGGCAAAAAUGUGCCUAGUCACGGGGCCGCUCUCGGGGGAACUGAGGUCGCCUUCGGGCUGGGACCCGGAGCCCCUUCGCCGCGCCCCAAGACCUCCUUGUGUGCCGGCUGCGGCGCGCUCACCCCGCUGGGCCGUUUGUGGGCGCUGCUUUGCGAAGUCAUCCAUCUGCCGGAUCACUCUCUGGCAGCCUUGAGCUCUCUUGAAAGCCCAGCCCCAGGACGAGGGAGGAGCGCCUGAAGUGCCCAGCGGGCUCAGAAGCCCCGACGUGUGGCGGCUGAGCCGGGCCCCGCGCACUUUCUUGGCCAGGGAGGGGUUCGGGCCCGGGCACCCGGAGUUGUCCCCUCGUAACGCCGCAGGAAAGUGCGGGCGAGGGCAGUGGACUCUGAGGCCGGAGUCGGCGGCACCCGGGGCUUCUAGUUCGGACGCGGUGCCCCCUGGUGGCGCGCACCGCGCGCGUGGCCUUGGCUUCCGUGACAGCGGUCGGUUGGCCGUCACAGCAGCCCUCGGUUGGCCCUUUCCUGCUUUAUAGCGUGCAAACCUCGCCGCGCCAGGGCCAAGGGACAAGUUGGAGCUGUUGAUCUGUUGCGCAAUUGUUAUUUUCCCCAGAGCGGCUUUGUCUUUGGAUUUAGCGUUUCAGAAUUGCAAUUCCAAAAUGUGUAAGACGGGAUAUUCUCUUCUGUGCUGUCAAGGGUAAGAGCUGCGAGUGUAGAUUAGAAUCUCUAUGGCUUUUAGUCUGUUAGUAAUUUUUUGCUUUCAGCUAUUAUUUCUCCCCUGAGUACUUUAUUUAUUUUUCCUUUUCAGUUGAGAAUUUGCCUCAAUUUCUUAACAUGUUCCCCCUCUUCUGCAGGGGCAGAGAGUGGAACGCUUGCGUUUCAAAAUACUUGCUAAUUUCUGUAAAUUGUUGUAAAAGUGAAAAGAAGUUUCUGCUCAUCCUUUGUAGAAACUUUAAAAGUAGAUAUUUAUAUUUCUAACUUCUUUUGUAAAUGAAUUUUAGGAAAAAAAUUGGAAUUCAAGGAAAUGUGUACGUGAUGUACGGUAAAUACGUUUAUGCUGUUAAAUGUAAAGCUUUCGGUUAAUUCCAAAGAUCUAUUGUAAAGUUUUAAGUUAUGGACAAUGUAUUAAUUGUGCUUUUUUUCCCCCUUUAAAGUUGUUUGUCUUGAACUUUUCCCCAAUCUUCAUUGGGAUUGUAUUCUUCUGGUUCCAACUAGUGAAGAAGUAAAUUGUACUUUCCGAUUUAUUUAAUAGCUGCCGUUCAAGAGUUAUCUAUAGGAAUGCUUGUUUGACUGAAGGAUAUAUGAUAAAAAUGAACUUUAGUUUUUCUAAUUUCCGGAAUUGUCUACAGCCCUCUAUUAUUUUUGAAUUUUUCUUUCUUUGCUGUGUAAUAUAACAUUGCAUAUACAAAAAUGCGUGAAACAUAUGUACCGCAUUAAGUGUGUAUUUUCCAUUUACGUUUGAUAAAAAUAACUGCCUUUCUACCUUUGUGAUCAGACAUCGAUUUGCAUAUUUGAAAACAGAAAAAGAACAAGAAAAUUUAGAAUCGAUUUUGUUUAUGAUUCAUAUUAGAUUGUUGUCAUCCAUAAAGAUUUGAACAGAGUCAAACAUUUUCUUUACCUUUUGUCAAAAAAACUCUCCAGGUGUGAAGUGGUAGUAGGAUAUAGUUUUUCACCUUCUGUGCAGAGGAUGUGUUGAUAAACAGGGCAGUAAGAAGAGCCUUAGAUUCAGUAUCUCCAUUAGGUGGAAGGAACCAUCCAUUACUCUUUUCAAGGGUGUCUUGGAGAGAUAAAGCACUUUCCUAGAUGAGGGAUGAAGUUGAUAUUGAAAUAGACCGAUGAGAUUAUUUUUAAGUCAAACAAAAGAAAAAUAGGACAGGCCUCUCAUCUCCUGAAUGAAUGUUAAGCAAAGAACAACUUGACUUUUUAGAUAUGGGAAAAAUCUCUUGAGAGGUUGUGGAAGCAGCAUGUAGGAGGAUAAAUGCAUAACUCACAUCAGUCUUUUACGCAUUAAAAAUAACGGGCCAUUUUGAAAUCUUUCUUUCUUGCCCUGGGUUCUUAUAAGCAAUGUUGGGGGGAAAACCGACUCUGUCUUUAGGAUUACCAGGAAAAGCUGAAAGCCAAAUGCAUCAUUUUUCUUAAUAUUUGUUUUUAUUGAGGAUAAAUCAUGUUUAACAAAGCUGCAUGAAAAAAAGGAACCCAACAAGUGCAUUUUCUUUUCUGGGAAUUUCCUCUGUCCUGACUGAAGACAUUUAAAGGGGGUUUUGUGUCAAUAUUUCCUCCUUAACUGGUCCUCGAGCCUGGGUUAACUUUUCAGUAUGCAGGAAGAAUUUGGCACUAAGAUAAUAACAGAUAAGUUACUGGGCACAUCCCUGGGUGCCAGACAUAAUUGCUUCACAUGCAUAAUUUUACAGUAACCUCACGGGAAAUAUUAUUAUCCCUGGUUUCCAGGUUGGGAAAACCAGGCAUAAUAGUUAGAUCAGGCAUUAGGUUAGGAAAGGUUAGGAGAGAGGCAUAGGGAAAGGCCAAGACCUGCUAAGGUGACCAAACUAUUUGAGUGGCCAAGGUAGCAUUCAAACAGGUUUGAUUCCUGGGGGCUUCUAAUCACCACUUCCAGACUGUACCAAAACUCCUUAAACUCUAAAUAGGAAGAAAAGCUCACACUUCAAAAAGUGGGUAAGUUGAGAUUUGCCUAUUCUGGGGGCAGGAGAGGCCGGAAUAUAAAAGAUUAAUGUCUGCAGCUUUUCCAUUUAGCAAGACAUUUAAUCACUGUAUGUGAUGUGAGGAGGUGGACCUUGUUAAAUACAGGGAGAGUGAAUACAAUCCAUCAAUGGAAUUACCCACUGUGGUCCUUUUAAGGAAGACACAGAGGACUCGGUGGGUUCAAUUUAGAGAGGCAGGACUGUUUUUUGUUUUUUUUUUUGAGAUGGAAUCUUGUUCCGUUGCCCAGGCUGGAAUGCAAUGGCCUGAUCUUGGCUCACUGCAACCUCCACUUCCCGGGUUCAAGUGAUUCUCCUGCUUCAGCCUCCCGAGUAGCUGGGAUUAUAGGCACCCACUGCCUGGCUAAUUUUUGUAUUUUUAGUAGAGAUGGGGUUUUACCAUGUUGGCCAGGCUGGGCUGGUCUCGAACUCCUGACCUCAGUUGAUCCACCCGCCUCGGCCUCCUAAAGUGUUGGGAUUACAGGUGUGAGCCACUGCGCCAGUCUGUUUCUUAAUAUAAUAAUAGUUUUAAAAAUUUCUGGGGUUUUGGCAAUGUCCAAGAUUCUGCCUCACAUUUUUCAGAAACUGUUUGCCUUUUUUCUUAAUUAAAUCUCUUAGCUACUGGAGUCUUUGCCUUUGUUUGCCUUGCUACUUGGUACAUUUCUUCUGUUCCAUUGGCUCUUUUUGUUUUGAAGUAGUGCUCAAAAGUAAGUUUGGUAGUAAGAAUAUGGUGAAGAGUGUGACAGACAGGGUUAAACCAGGUUGAAGGAAAGAGAGCAGAAUGGGGAAAAUUUGAGUUGGAAACAGCUAGCAGAAAGCUGAUGGUGCAAAUUCAACCCUAAUCUCAUGUUUUGGCACUUCUGAACUAUAGCAGUCAUAAGGGCUCAACUCUUACCUAGUUGAGGCUUACUUGGGUCUUUGAGAAUAGUACAUCUCAAAAUUAAACACUUUCUUAGUCCUUAUUGUUAAGUUGUUUUUGGAAUUAUUGUCUUAUUUGUCUGAAUUAAGUGUGCUGCAGGACUUAUAGGAUCUGAUGGAUGAUUUGCCUAAAAGUUGGUCCAGGUCAGCCUCAGGGCAUUUAAGUGCUUGGUCCAACCACUUUCUGAAAGUUGACUGAAAUAUGUUGCACACCAGGGUAGAGGAGGACAAGUUUACUAGAUGUCAUUUUUAACCUGCUUGUCUUUAUCUCUGACUGUAGAAAUGUAUAUUCAUUAUAAGUUUGCCACAAAUAGAGAAUAGAGUUUAUUCUUUGAUCAUCUAAUUUCUAGGAGCUAUUGAAAUUUCACUGCUACCUGCUUUUAAAUAAGCAUCAACAAACAUUUAUUAAAAGGGUUUUAAGUUAUACGCCAAGAUUUAUUCAAUUGCUAAUGGUAUGUUUUCUGUAAAUGAAAGCAAAAAUAUGUUCAAGUGUAUAAUAUUAAAUAUUAACAUUCAGAAACUGUUGGAGAAAUACAGAUGGCUUUUUUUUUUUUUUUUUUUUUUGAGACAGUCUUGCUCUGUUGCCCAGGCUGGAGUGCAGUGGCGUGAUCUCUGCUCACUGCAAGCUCCACCUCCCAGGUUCACGCCAUUCUCCUGCCUCAGCCUCCCGAGUAGCUGGGACUACAGGUGCCCGCCACCACGCCUGGCUAAUUUUUUGUAUUUUUAGUAGAGACGGGGUUUCACUGUGUUAGCCAGGAUGAUCUUGAUCUCCUGACCUCAUGAUCCGCCCGCCUCAGCCUCCCAAAGUGCUGGGAUUACAGGCUUAAGCCACUGCGCCUGGCCUAGAUGGCUUUCUUAUACCAGACUAUACCCCAGACAUGAAAACAAGACUGUUAAACAAAAUCCUGUGCUACCUAAAGUUUGAGCCUUCUGUGUGUCAGCUUCUGCCGUAAUAAAUAACUCUUAACUAUGACUAUUAAGUAUAUUAAGAACUUUGAGUAGGGGAGGCAUGUUUAAUCUUUUGUUUUUAUGGCAUAUGUACUAUAAUACCUGUGUGUUGCAAAUCCUGGUAUUUAAAAGUCUUUUUGUGUAUUUGAGCAUGUAAGUUUAUUUGGUCCAAACUGUUGGUACUAGUAAAAACAAGUCCAGGGCAUAAGUAGGACUUACAGCACCAAGUUCGUCUUUCUUUUUUUUGUGUGACAGAGUCUCACUCGGUCACCCAGGCUGGAGUGCAUUGGUACAAUCUGGGCUCACUGCAACCUCCACCCACCGAGUUCAAGCGAUUCUGCUGCCUCAGCCUCCCAAGUAGCUGGGAUUACAAGUGUGUGCCACCACGCCCGGUUAAUUUUUAUGUUUUUAGUAGAGAUGGAGUUUCACUCUGUUGGCCAGGUUGGUCUCAAACUCCCGACCUCAGGUGAUCUGCCCACCUUGGCCUCCGAAAGUGCUGGGAUUAUAGGCGUGAGCCACUGCACCUGGCCUCCAAGUCCAUCUUUCAAAGGCCCUGUUGAUAAUUGACUCUUGAGAGUCAUUACAGUCCAUCAACAGCCUGUAUUCUGAAUAUUUUUUUUUAAUUCUAAGACAAUGCUAAAUAGCCAUUCCAAAUAAGGUUAGAACUGAGACUUUAGGGCCUGUAUUAUCAGAUGUACACUGACAAGCUCUGAACUCUAUUGUUUUUUCAAAUCAGAGAAGAAAAAUGAGUAAGAAAAGAAAAAUAUGGAUCACUUUGGCUUUGAUGCCUCCUCUGAGUUUAUAGUUUUUACCUUCUGUAUUACUUAGAUGAUCCUCUCUAAUGGCAUUUUAAAUCUCUCUUGAUACUUGUCUUACUUAUGUAUCUGUUUUUUUCUCUAUAAUAGAUAGAAUUUAUAGAUAUAUAUGUAUUUUAAAGUAAGAUACAAUUUACAUACCAUACAAUUUACCCAUUUAAUCUAAUUCAGGGUUAUGCAAUCCUAUGAAUUUAGUAGUUUAUUCAUAGAGUUAUGCAACCAUCACUGUAAUCAAUUUUCAACACCCUCAAAAGAAACCCCAUAUCCAUUAGCAGUCACUUCCCAUUUCCCCUCAACUCUCCUGGCCCCUGGUAACUACUCAGUUAUUUUCUGUACCUAUGAAUUUGCCUAUUCUGGACAUAUCAUGUAAAUGGAAUAGCAUGUAAAUGGAAUCAUACAGUAUCCUUCUGUUGCCGGCUUCUUUCACAGCAAUAUGUUUUCAAGGUUUAAAAAUGUUGCAACAUAUAUCAAUAGCAUCAUUCCUUUUUAUGGCUGCAUACUAUUCCACUGUAUGGCUAUACCACAUUUUAUUUAUCCAGUUGAUGAUCAUUUGAAUUGUUUCCACUUUUUAUAUUUCUGUUUGUUUCUUACAGCAGUGGUUCUCAAACUGUUGUAUAUUAGACUCACCAUCAGUAUUUUAAAAACUAAUGCCCAGGCCCUAUCCCUCAUGAAAUCAAAAUCUCUGGGGUUGGGGCCCAGGCAUCACUAUUUUUUAAAGGUUCUGAGGGGAUUCUAAUGAGCAGUCAGGUUUGAGAGCCAGUGCCCUAGGGCAGCAGUCCACAGCCUUUUUAGCACCAGGGACUAGGUUUGUGGAAGACAGUUUUUCUAUAGAAGGAGGUAGAGGAUGGUUUCAGGAUGAAACUGUUCCACCUCAGGUCAUCAGGCAUUAGAUUGUCCUAAGGAGCUGGCAACCUACAUCCCUUGCAUGCUCAGUUUACAACAGGGUUCCAGCUUCUCUGAUAAACUAAUCCUGCUGCUAAUCUGACAGGAGGUGGAGCUCAGGUGGGAAUGCUGGCCUACUGCUCACCUCCUCCUGUGCGGCCUGGUUCCUAACAGGCCACUGACCCAUCCGCAGCCAGCAGGUGGGGACCCCUGCCCUAGGGGACCCACCUCAGUGCUUAGUAUCCAUUGAAGCAUAUAGUGAUCUAGAAAAUCUGGUUAGGAUGUCUUAUUUAAAUCAUGAAAGCAAGUGCUUUUGUCUUUGAUCACUGCCCUUCACAGCCUUACAGUUUUAACACCUACAUUCAGGAACUGUGUUUCAAAGUGCCUGGCGAGUGUUUGAAACUCACUAAAUAUAUAUAACCUGGGCUCAUUAAACCCCUCCAGAAGAUUUGGGUAGCUUUGUUAUGAAAGGGCUUCCCUGAAGUGGGUCAGCAGGAUUGUUCUCUGUUUUUUCAGGAAUGUGGCCUGUGAUAAGUUGCAAUCUAGAUUAUUUGGAAAUAGCACUGAGAGAAGCCAGUGAGGAAAGAAUGCUCAGAAGCUUGGGAUAGGUGUUGGACAUCCUGGAGGCCAGGACGAAACACUGUCUUACUCUAGGAAGCUGUGUUCCUGGGCCUCAUUAUCUUCCUCCGUUAAAAACAAAAGACUUAAAUCUCUACAGCAACUUUUAGCAACUUCAUUUUUUGGUUCUCUGUAUCUGCCUGAUAAAGUCCCACUUUAUAGUGGCUCCCACUUAUAUUUACCUGAAUGGCUUUUGGGUUGACAUAUUUGGAAACUGGGGCUAACUUCCAAACUGUUGGCAACUUGUGUGUGGGUGUGCGUGCCACAGCAUAGCAGUCUCACUUGAGAGACUUGAUGGUGUGGUGGUUGGGGGGCUUCUGAAGCUGGCUUAGCCCCAGCCCUAUACACCCACUCCACAGAUGGUGGGAACAAGCCCAGAAGAGAGUGGGUAACUCUGUCCACUGUGGCCUCCACAGCCAAGGUUGCCAGGCAGAGCUCGCAAGGCCCAAUUCCAGUCUUGUCUUUGACCGCUGCCCCUUUGUGUGGAGGGGUGUAUUUAGCCACCUUUCUGGAAGCAUGCUUUUCUAAUUCUAGUCAUCAGUAGUUUGUUGCUUUAAGAUUUUGAAAAUGGUAUCUUGUUAUUUUACUUGUUCUUAGGAGUUUCGUAUUGAAUGAUGUACAUAAUGUGAUUCAAGUACCUCAAAACAGAAGGACUUCAGUUAAGAUUUAGGCUGUAUGCAACGUACACUUCUUGCAUUUUCUCAUUCAAUGUCCUUUCCUUUUUUUUUUUUUUUUUUUUUUUUUUUUGCAAGAAUGUAGCUGACAUUCAGAGUAGAUUAGUACCUUCAAUGUCUGUGUGAAAGAAAUGACCUUAAUAUGAGGACAAUAUUGACUGUGUAUUUAGGGGGCCCACUGAUAAGGUGUAUCGAAUUUUGCUUUAUUUCAUACCUGACAAUCUCUUAUCUGCUCUGCUUCCGCAUAAAAUUAUAAUACUGCACAUGGAUGUAAAACCCAACCUAUUCCUUGCCUAAGGGACUAGAAUAGAGGGAAGAAUGACUAUAGUUCUUUGUUGCCUUUUGUGAAGGUAACGGGCACAGAGGUUUGAUGCAUGAUGGAAUUAUAUACCUCUUCUUGAGGUGUUUGAGGGCUGACUAAAGACCUGUACUUUUUUUUUGGUUUGUUUUGCAGUACUGGGGCCAGGGAGCCUUGCUGUUGCGUCUAGAGAGUGUUGAAGAACCAUGAAUAUUUCGCAAAAAGAAAAUAAUUUUUUUAACCAUUAAAAUUCCUGGUAGUGACUUCCUCUGGCAAGUAAAAAACUCUCAUUUUCCUUAAAAAAUGAGAGUUUUUUACUUGCAAUAGGAAAACUUGCCAAUUUUUCAAGUUAUUUUUAUUCUUGAUGAUUCUCAAUGAGACAUAAUUAAAAUAUACAUAGAAAAAACAAUCCUAGUCCAGGUGCAGUGGCUCACACCUGUAAUCCCAACACUUUGGGAAGUUGAGGUGGGAGGAUCACUACAGACCAGGAGUUUGAGAUAAGCCUGGGCAACAUAUUGAGACGUUGUCUCCUCAAAAAAUUAAAAAAAUUAGCCGGAUCCGGUGGUGCACACCUGCAGUUGUAGCUACUUGGGAGGCUAAGGUGGAAGAAUGGCUUGAGCCCAGGAGUUUGAAGGUGCAGUGAGCCAUGAUCAUGCCACUGUACUCCAGCCUAGGCAACAGAGUAAGAUCCUGUCUCAAUAAAAAAAAGAAAAAUCAACCCUAGUGGACUGGAACAGGGCUGGUUUACUUUGUAUCAGCUGCAGUGCCCCCACUCACCAACCCACAUGUUCUUCUCCUGCAGGGUCCUGCUGGUUCCCAAGCAGAGACCAGGACCAAGAAUGAGAAUCAUCCUGUGGGUGCAGGUUGUAUUUUACCCUCCAGAGACAGCACUUCACCCUCUGUUAGAAACUUCAUUACCACAUUGCCUUUUGGUGAAAUCCUUAGGGCAGUGACUUCCAAACUGUGAUCCAGGGGCCACCCUUGAUGGGAGGAUCAGGAAGGAGGGGGAAUGCAUCUUAAGAAAAGUUGGGGGAACCUCAUAUCUCUUCUCAUUGAUCCUGAGAAGUAAAGUCUUUCCUCCUCAGAGAGAUGUGGGUAGACAUGACUCGCCUAGAUAUAAACUCAUUCGUCUCCCUCCCUUCUACCUCUGCAGGACUCUUGGAAGUCUGGGGCCCCGGGAGCAUGCGGCUCUUGCUCUGUGCUACAGGUUUCCAAAGUUCACUUGAUAACAGUACAAUUGUGCUGUAAAUUGUGCAAUAAUGGAGAUUGAGGAAACAAUUAGUCUUUCAUCUUCAUUCAUGUUACCAGCUCACUUCCUAUGGUGUGAAAAGAACCAGACUUUGGAGUUAGGAGACAUCUGAAUACAGACAGAACUGGCAAGAUUAUAGGGAAGAAAAGGGAAAAGAAAUGAACAUUUUCAAAGAGGUUAAGCCAUUUGGCCAGGACAAGACUGCUUGCAGGUAGCAGAACUGGGAUUUUGACUGUCCAUAAUCCCUUCUGCUUGUUUUACUCCUUCCCUCUCUUCUUUCUUUUUUCGUUGUCUAAUGACCUACAGACAUUCUGUCAGCUGCUAAAGAAUGAGGGACUCCUUUAUAAAGAUUGAUAGGACAGUGCCGCUACUCAAGGAGUUCCUUCCAUGUGGACCAGUGGGGGCGCUGUUGACGCAUGGGCUGGACUUCUCUUUGAAGCGGAGUCCUGUUCCACGGAUCUUUGUGACAAGCAGAAAGUGCCCCACUACACCUCCAUACAAUUCCUAAUGCUCCUGGGUGAUACAACCGCCCCAGUGGAACCACGGUGGUGCAUGGACUUCUAGAGACCAUUUGAAGCCAGGACAUUGCUGCUUGUUCUUAGGAAAUCUCAGAAUAUUACUUUCUUGUUUUUUGUAGGGAAGCCUGCCAUCUCCCCAGGUGGCAGCUUGUUUAUACCUUUUAUCCUAACCUGAAGCAGGUGAUGGGACAGAGGUCAUGGAAUAUAAUGAAAGUGCCACAAAGGUAGAGUCUGGGUAUAUUUUAUUUACUCAGGUAGAGUGGCUUGUCCAGAUCCCUUCACGCAGAGCAACAUUUGAUAUGGUAAUUGUUACUGCUGAAGUUUGCCAUUUCUCAGACCUACGGCUGCAAGGAAUUGGUAACAAAAGGAUAAACUAAACAUUGUUACUAUUUUAAUUUUCAAGGAGAUGAAGUUAAAAUCAUAUAUGUCAUAUCUCUCUGGGGCUUAGCCACCUUUUCUGCUGGGCACUUUUUGAAGAAGUCUGAAUACUGAGGUAGGAGAGUAAAGGGGGGAAAGUAAGUUUGCCCACUUCUCAUCCUUUUUCUGACCAUCAGCCUGAAGGAAGUAACUAGAAUCCGCUAAGAAAAUUCACUUAAUCAGCAGUUAAUUGAUUGAUUGUUAUAUUGUCCACAUUGCAAAAUUCUUUAAAGGAUAUUUGAAGAUAUUAUCACAUUUAUUCUCUUACAAUCUAUUUUAUUAUUUGAAGGGGUGUGUGUUAAUAGUUCUUAAGAUAUCAUACUUUAUUUCCAGUAGCAUAUCCAAGAAAUAAUUUAUCAGCAUUGUUAAUGGAAAUGAUGUUAAAUAAUUUUUCUAUGACUAGUAAUUAGGUCAUAUAUGAUAUAAAACAUAGUAUCUUUGUUACUUAAAUAAUUUGAACUCUAACCCCAUAUAUGUUAGGUAGACAAUGAAAAUACUGAAUUGUGAGUCUAAAUAAUAUACACUUACUCAUUCCACAAAUAUUUAUUAGGUAUCUACACACCCUAGGAAACUUUCAGGGCAUGAAGCUGUUUUAAUCUUCCAAGAUAAUGCAGCACGUAUCCCCCUUGAGGGACAUUUGUUUUUCAAAUUGCUCCUCUGUGUCUCCUCUGCUUAGGAUAUGAGUUCCUCUAAGUAAAGACUGUAUUUUAAUCUUUUGUGUAAUUCUGAUGUCUAGCGCCAUGCCUGGUGCUUACUUAAUAGUUGCUCAGUCAGUUUGAGGGUGAGUCCAUUAACUGCCCUCUAGGAGUUUGAUAUUUAGUAUAAACUAGUCUGUGAUACAUGACAACGCUGUGACAGUGCAGAUGAGAAAAUGUGACUUCUAACUGGGGUGCUGAGAGAGGAUAUCCUGGAGGAACUGCCAUUUUAACUAGACUUUUCUUUUAAGCAAGUAGAUUUUGUUUGGUUCAGGCUUCAGCUGGAAGCCCAAGCAAUGGUGCAGAUAUGAGCUGGACUAUGACAGAAUAUUGGGCCAGUGGGGCUGACAAGGUUAACUUGGGGGUUGCCAUAAAGGGCCUUCAGUGCUCAUGUGCACUGUUUCAAGUUUGUAUAGGGCAUCUGGAAACCAUGGAAGACAAUUCUGGAAAGGGCAAGGCACGUAAACUGGAUGUGGAUAGGAAGUUAUUGUGGCGGGUGAAUUGGAAGAUGGACAGGUUGGAGGCAGGGAGAUGGUGAGUGGGCUUCUGCCAAGGUAUAGGUCUGAGCAUUGUUGUGACGGCUUAGUUGGUCUGACAUCAGCACACAGAUUUGAGGAUCUGUCAUUGUAACUAAAUUGUAUCCUUGUUAGACAUGUAAAAAUAACUUUUUAGAGCCUCCUUUUUUGAGGAGGGAAGUGGAUUGUGGUCAAGCUUGCAUGCUCCGCUGUUCCUUUGCUUUAACAGAUACUCAUCCACCAGUGUGGUCAUCGAUGAAAGGAGAGGAAAAACUAGCCAGAAGUUGCCAUUUUGCUUAAAGAAUGGAUUCCUUUCUUCCUCAAGGUAGCACAGAGAGAGUUUCUCUCUUUUUGCCCUUCUCUUAGAUUGAUUUACUAUUUUUAGUAAAUUGUAACAGUCUGAUCCUUGCUUCCAAUUACAAUGAUUAGCAAUAUUUGCCCAAGACAAGAAAAAACAAUUUCCUCUCUUUUCUCUCCUAUGAGCUUUUCCUGUGAGCCCCAAGCAGACAGAUGUGGACAUCUAGCAAUGCUGUUAACAACAGCUGCAGUCCGUUGGACUCUCUGCAACACUGGGCACGGUACAAAGUGCUCUGACAAACUCUUCUGCCCUUUGCAAUCCUUACUAUGCCCUGUGAGGACAUGGAUUUGAUUGACAUACUUUGGAGGCAAGAUAUUGAUCUUGGAGUAAGUCGAGAAGUAUUUGACUUCAGUCAGCGACGCAAAGAGUAUGAGCUGGAAAAACAGAAAAAACUUGAAAAGGAAAGACAAGAACAACUCCAAAAGGAGCAAGAGAAAGCCUUUUUUGCUCAGUUACAACUAGAUGAAGAGACAGGUGAAUUUCUCCCAAUUCAGCCAGCCCAGCACAUCCAGUCAGAAACCAGUGGAUCUGCCAGCUACUCCCAGGUUGCCCACAUUCCCAAAUCAGAUGCUUUGUACUUUGAUGACUGCAUGCAGCUUUUGGCGCAGACAUUCCCGUUUGUAGAUGACAAUGAGGUUUCUUCGGCUACGUUUCAGUCACUUGUUCCUGAUAUUCCCGGUCACAUCGAGAGCCCAGUCUUCAUUGCUACUAAUCAGGCUCAGUCACCUGAAACUUCUGUUGCUCAGGUAGCCCCUGUUGAUUUAGACGGUAUGCAACAGGACAUUGAGCAAGUUUGGGAGGAGCUAUUAUCCAUUCCUGAGUUACAGUGUCUUAAUAUUGAAAAUGACAAGCUGGUUGAGACUACCAUGGUUCCAAGUCCAGAAGCCAAACUGACAGAAGUUGACAAUUACCAUUUUUACUCAUCUAUACCCUCAAUGGAAAAAGAAGUAGGUAACUGUAGUCCACAUUUUCUUAAUGCUUUUGAGGAUUCCUUCAGCAGCAUCCUCUCCACAGAAGACCCCAACCAGUUGACAGUGAACUCAUUAAAUUCAGAUGCCACAGUCAACACAGAUUUUGGUGAUGAAUUUUAUUCUGCUUUCAUAGCUGAGCCUAGUAUCAGCAACAGCAUGCCCUCACCUGCUACUUUAAGCCAUUCACUCUCUGAACUUCUAAAUGGGCCCAUUGAUGUUUCUGAUCUAUCACUUUGCAAAGCUUUCAACCAAAACCACCCUGAAAGCACAGCAGAAUUCAAUGAUUCUGACUCCGGCAUUUCACUAAACACAAGUCCCAGUGUGGCAUCACCAGAACACUCAGUGGAAUCUUCCAGCUAUGGAGACACACUACUUGGCCUCAGUGAUUCUGAAGUGGAAGAGCUAGAUAGUGCCCCUGGAAGUGUCAAACAAAAUGGUCCUAAAACACAACCAGUACAUUCUUCUGGGGAUAUGGUACAACCCUUGUCACCAUCUCAGGGGCAGAGCACUCACUUGCAUGAUGCCCAAUGUGAGAACACACCAGAGAAAGAAUUGCCUGUAAGUCCUGGUCAUCGAAAAACCCCACUCACAAAAGACAAACAUUCAAGCCGCUUGGAGGCUCAUCUCACAAGAGAUGAACUUAGGGCAAAAGCUCUCCAUAUCCCAUUCCCUGUAGAAAAAAUCAUUAACCUCCCUGUUGUUGACUUCAACGAAAUGAUGUCCAAAGAGCAGUUCAAUGAAGCUCAACUUGCAUUAAUUCGAGAUAUACGUAGGAGGGGUAAGAAUAAAGUGGCUGCUCAGAAUUGCAGAAAAAGAAAACUGGAAAAUAUAGUAGAACUAGAGCAAGAUUUAGAUCAUUUGAAAGAUGAAAAAGAAAAAUUGCUCAAAGAAAAAGGAGAAAAUGACAAGAGCCUUCACCUACUGAAAAAACAACUCAGCACCUUAUAUCUCGAAGUUUUCAGCAUGCUACGUGAUGAAGAUGGAAAACCUUAUUCUCCUAGUGAAUACUCCCUGCAGCAAACAAGAGAUGGCAACGUUUUCCUUGUUCCCAAAAGUAAGAAGCCAGAUGUUAAGAAAAACUAGAUUUAGGAGGAUUUGACCUUUUCUGAGCUAGUUUUUUUGUACUAUUAUACUAAAAGCUCCUACUGUGAUGUGAAAUGCUCAUACUUUAUAAGUAAUUCUAUGCAAAAUUAUAGCCAAAACUAGUAUAGAAAAUAAUACGAAACUUUAAAAAGCAUUGGAGUGUCAGUAUGUUGAAUCAGUAGUUUCACUUUAACUGUAAACAGUUUCUUAGGACACCAUUUGGGCUAGUUUCUGUGUAAGUGUAAAUACUACAAAAACUUAUUUAUACUGUUCUUAUGUCAUUUGUUAUAUUCAUAGAUUUAUAUGAUGAUAUGACAUCUGGCUAAAAAAAUUAUUGCAAAACUAACCACUAUGUACUUUUUUAUAAAUACUGUAUGGACAAAAAAUGGCAUUUUUUAUAUUAAAUUGUUUAGCUCUGGCAAAAAAAAAUUUUAAGAGCUGGUACUAAUAAAGGAUUAUUAUGACUGUUAAA